CUACUAUUUAUGUAGUACCGCACAAGCAAGCGGCGAUCUGAAUUAGUCAUCUUAUUUCUCGCCGACAAUAGUGAAGAUCAUAUCCCAACGAUUUUGAACGCUUUACUUCGAAGAACCUUAAAUCGCCGAAUUAUCCUAAAGGGAAUGUCCAAGCGAAAGGCCGCACAUUCCGACAAAAUGGCAACCGCAGAGAAAGUACCACAGAAUGAUUAUACCAUUGGCUUGGUGGAUCCUGUGAAGGAUUACCAAAAGCUCAUAGAAACACGCGUACAGGUAGACGAAAUCGUGGAUGAUGAUGUCACCAAGGAGAAUUUCGAUCGAACGGCUGCAUCGGCACGUGACGUCAUCUGGCGGCUGAUAUUCGACGAGGACGGUACCUCGCAAUCAAACACGGAGAAGGCCAGCCAAUUGCUGGAGGAAUACCGUGGUGACGCCUGCUUCUACGACCCGAUGCCCUACAACGAGUGGAUUGUCAAGCUGAGGGAUGAGGUUCUGAAGAGGGAGCUCCUUGACUUUUGGCGUGAUGUCCUGGUGAAGAAGCAACUGGGACCUUGUUGGUCACGCGACUGCGAUCUCUUUGACAGCGACGACACCCCGCCAUUGGAGUUCUACGCCCACGCCGGAUGUACGGCUCCAUUUGCAGCCAGCUUAAAGGUGCGCGCUGCACAAGAAGAGCAGGCUUUACAGAAUCAGGAUGAGGCAGCGGUGUCCACCACACCGGGUGAACUCAGUGCCGACGAUGCCGCCGCCCGGUCCGGUGAAUUUGAGGCCGCCCUGACCAAAGAAAAUCCUCUCGAAGAAUACCGCUCGCUAAUGAAGCGCUUUGUUCUGGCCAAAGUCAUUGUACCGGACAGCGUUCACCAGGCCAGCGUUAAUAAGAUAGCGGCAGCCGCCAGGGAGAUCAUCUGGAAGCUUCUCUUCGAUGGCACACCAUCGGCGGAGGAUCAGAACAAGGCCGCCGAGCUGCUGCAGGAGUACAAGGGGGAUGCUGGAUUUUAUGGACCGGAUGACUACAACGAUUGGAUUUUCAAGCUCAGGGAUGAGGUUCUUACCAAAGAGCUUCUCGACUUUUGGCGCGAGAAGAUGGUGAAAAUGGAACUGGGUCCCAGUUGCGCCCGGGAUUCCGACUAUUACGACUACGAGGAUCCCCUUCCUUUGGAGUUUUACGAAAAGGCCGGUUGCAAGGCUCCUUUUGAAGCCACUUUUAAUGAUGAUUAGUACCGCAUUAUAAGUCUUUAAUGAGUUAACAAACACAAGUUCGAUGUUACAUAACUGCACAAAAAAACGUGCUCUCCUUAUUUACUAAAGCACCUGUUUUGAUCGGAAUCUCUGAAAGCGCAGAAAUUGUUAAUCAAAAAUGAAUAAAAUAAGCUUCUUUUAUAACUGUUCCGGAUAA